AGGCUCAAAGCAGCGAGACCGAAGUGUCAACGUUUUUAAAGCGACGAAGAAGAACUUCGUAAUAGACAUUAAAACGGUUACGGUACGAACAGGUUUGUAGGCCUGGGGGGUCUGGAUGCGGUCGUCAUGGUGAAGGAUGUUCCGGAAAGUCAAGAAGCGCCACAGCAGCAGCAGCUCGCAGAGCAGCGAGAUCAGCACCAAGAGCAAGUCUGUUGAUUCCAGUUUGGGAGGACUCUCCAGAUCCAGCACUGUCGCCAGCCUUGAUUCAGAUUCCAACAAGAGCUCGGGAAACAGCACGUCAGAGACAUGCGCUGAGUUUCGAGUCAAGUACGUGGGAUCCAUUGAGAACUUAGAAUUUGAGAUGAGCAAGACCCUGCAGGAACCUCUGGACCUCAUCAACUACAUUGAUGCUGCGCAGCAAGGCGGAGAACUGCCGUUUGUUCCUGGAGAUGAAGAGAUGGUUCUGGGAGUGUCCAAGUAUGGGGUCAAAGUUGCCUCGGUGGAUCAGUGUGACGUGCUGCAUCGGCACCCUCUGUAUUUGAUUGUGCGUAUGCUGUGUUACGACGACGGGCUGGGCGCAGGGAAGAACCUCUUGGCUCUGAAAACCACGGAUACAAAACAAAAGGAGUGCAGCAUCUGGGUGUACCAGUGCAGCAGCUCAGAGCAGGCUCAGUCCAUCUGCAGGAUGCUGUCUACAUCUUUUGACUGCGCUCUGUCGUCAGACAAGUCCUGAAGACCAGAUCCCACUUCAAAUCCAAUAGAGGUGAAACAGAUGCAAAAUCAACAAGAAAGCUUGAGGAAAACCAUCGUGGCCACUGCCUUCUGAUUGCAACUCUUCUUAUCGUUCAUGGAUCUUUAGGCCAUCAGGCUUUACACUGAUCAGCUUCAGCGUUGAAAAACAUUAUGCAGGUCAAGGAAUUAAGGAAAACCUUUACGUAAACCCAGAGGUUUUCAUGUUCUACAAAUUGCUGGUGAAUCUUAUCCUAAGCUUUCCCAGUUUGUUUUUAUUGCUGGGGCUGAUCAGUGUAACCUCCCAUCAUCCUCGAGUGCAUAU